CGUUGCCGUUUUCUGCGGUUUUGCCUCAACUGUUAUCCUUCCGAACGGUUUUCUGUUCUCUCAGCCAGGUUUGCCGUUGUUCGAGUAUACGUACCAUUCUGCUCAACACACGACAGGCUCGCGGGAUAGCUAGAGGUGGAGGAGGCUCUCAAUGAAGCUAUGCGACAUCCUAGCCACUUCCGCUCGUCAUGCGCUCCGAUCUUCACCGCCCUCCUCCUCACCGUCCUCCUCUCACCACCACCAACACGAUGCGCGACCGUCAGCACGCCACCACCCAACGCGACAGUGCUCAAGCUCGGGGUGAUAUUGCCCUUCACCAACGUGCACUUCGUGGACCCGCUGAACUACUCGAAUGCGUACUUCGAGACGAUGCAACUGGCGAUCGAUAUGAUCUCCGCUACGUCGCUCCUGCCUGCCGACGCGUAUAUACAGCUUGAUCCGAGGGACUCGCAGGAUAUGGUGCGGGAGGGGAUGAGCAAUGCGUUGGAUUUGGCGAAGGAUGGGGCGAUUGGGCUUGUAGGCGACAUAACAUCCGGCGUAACAAUCGGCCCCGCGCUCGCAACUGGCUACCUCCAGAUCCCGAUAUGCGGGUCAACAGCGACCGCCAGCGAUUUCGACAAUAAGGAAAAGUACCCAUUUUUCUUCAGGACGAUUCCCUCCGACCAGAUGCAUGCAACGGCGUUCCUGCGCAUCUUCCAGUACUAUAACUGGGCGCAGACAGCCAUGAUGUAUGACAACUCUGAUUAUGCCAAAGGCAUCGUAACGAUGUUCUCCGCCCUAGCCGCUGCCAACGACAUCCGGGUGCUCAGCAUCGAGCAGUACUACCCGAAAUACUACCGACCAGCGAUCAAGUCGAUUGCGGAGAGCAAGGCGAGGAUUAUUAUAUGGGUUGGGAAUCGGGAGGAUGAUUUGGUGGAUAUUUUGCCGGUCGCGAGGGACGCCGGACUGCUCGCCCGAGAAUACGUAUGGCUAGCGGUCGAAGCGGCGUUAUGGGCGCCGGCGCAGAUGGAGCCGCCGGACUAUCACCUGUUGGACGGGUUCAUUGUGAGCGGUUCAGGUGUGUGCUUAUGUUCGUCUACGACUGUAUCUGGGCCUUCGCGCACAUCUGGCGCUCCCUCCUGGACUCCCAAACCCCUCUCUCCUCAAUCGCAGCCGGAAACUACUCCAAGAACCUGACGGCGUUGCUGGGAAGCGUAGAAGGGUUCCUGGGCGCGACGGGGCCGGUGUUUUUUGAUUCGGAGACGCUCUCGAGGGAUGGGUAGGGUUUCCUCGUUUAUCAUUUCACGUUGCGAUGAGUGUGGGAGCUGGACUGAUAUCAUCUUGUUGGGGCAGGACGUAUCAGGUGUCGAACAUGCGAGACGGGACCGCUACCGUGCUCGGCAACGGGACG